CUGGUCGCUGACUUGCUAGAUGUGAAGUGUAUAGAUAUCUAUCCAUAUGAGAAUGUGCACAUUCUACCGUAUCUUCACGAACGUAUUCCAAAUUUGACGACAUUGAACAUGCGACCACACUCAAAUCAAUUUCAUUCUUCUGGUCUUCAGUUGCCCUCAUUUCCAGCUUUUACAAAGCUCACUACGCUUAUUCUAGACAACUACUCUGUAGAUGGUGACUUUCAACUUCCUAGUACGAUAAAGUCGUUAGAGUUCUCAAAACGUGAGCAGACCCACUAUCGUUUCCUCUUGCCAAAGCUCGCAAAUCUGUCCAAUCUCGAGUAUUUCACGCUAUCUCAUGCAGACUUGUCGGAUGCAAACGAUUUUAGAACAUUCGUCCGUGCCGUGAACAGCAUGCAACUUCCAAAGCUAACAAUUCUCGCUUCAUUCAUCACCGAUGUUAUAUUAUUCCGAGCGUUAAUUGUGUCAGGACAAUUGCUGAUGUUGCGUGAAUGUAAAUUCGUUGAAUGUGAUGUAGUGAGCAUUGAUGUUCUGAAGCAUUUGUCUAUGAUUACCUGGCGUCAAGAUGCUGAUACAGGAACUCUCGAUGAAUGUUAUUCGAAGCUCAUGCACGGAUGUCAAGAAACUUUGAAGGGUAAAAAUGCACGCUUUAUUUCGAAGAUGUUCUCAACUGGUGAAGAGGGCAAGGAGAUUGUUGUUACAGAACUCGAGACUAUGAAGUCGCUAAUAGUUCGAGAUUACAUCGAUCAUCAGAAAUACCUCACACUUGGAUUUAUCGUCGGCGAACACAACUCAUUCGAGGACCGAACAACCUCGUAG